UAUCUUGUCAAAACUAAAUAAAAUGUUUUAGCUCUCACAUGCUUUGUUAAUUUUUUCUAUUAACUCAUACAUGCCGUUCAAAUAUACCAUUAAUCAAAUAUAGUGAAAAAUAUUGCACGCGACAUUUUGAAUCAUUGAAAAUCGAAAAUGAGGCUAAAGAUAGAUGGAUUGGAUGUUUAUUUUCCUUAUAAUUAUAUAUAUCCAGAACAAUACUCUUAUAUGUGUCAUCUGAAAAAAUGUCUGGACGCCAAAGGCCAUGGGGUAUUGGAAAUGCCUUCGGGUACCGGUAAAACUACUUCAUUAUUAUCAUUGAUUGUGGCAUAUCUGAAACAACAUCCAAAUUCAUUGAAAAAGCUAAUAUAUUGUUCGCGUACGAUACCGGAAAUCGAAAAGGUCGUUGAAGAAUUACGAAAAUUACAUGAAUAUUACAUAGAAGUUAAUAAUGAUGAUGCACUUGUUGGUUUGUGUUUGACUUCGCGAAAAAAUCUUUGCAUUCAUCCGAUCGCUAGCAAAGAAAAAGAAGGAAAAGCUGUUGAUGGUUUAUGUUUUAGUAUGACUGCAUCGCAUAAACGACAGAGGAACCGCGAUGAUUCAAGUAAACUGUGUAGUUUUUUUGAAAAAUUUGAAAAUGAAGGCCGCGAAUUCGUCUUUCCAAAUGGCAUUUACAACAUUGAUGAUCUUAAAGAUUUGGGAAGAAAAAUGGGAUAUUGUCCUUAUUUCUUGGCUCGCGGGGCCUUAUCUUAUGCCAAUGUAAUCGUCUACAGUUAUUAUUAUCUGUUGGACCCAAAAAUCGCCAAACUCGUGUCCAAAGAGUUAACAAAAAGUUCUGUUAUCGUUUUCGACGAAGCACAUAAUAUUGACAAUGUAUGCAUCGAAUCGAUGAGUGUUACCAUAAAUAAAAAGAUUCUGCAAAAGUGUCAAUCUAAUAUAACUACUCUACAAGAAGAAAUCCAAAAGAUCAAAGAAGUUGAUGAAAACAAACUUGAAACCGAAUAUAAUAGAUUGGUUGAGGGGCUUCGUGAAGCUUAUAUAGCCCAAAAGACCGAUACAUUCUUGGCAAAUCCUAUUCUACCUGGUGACAUUCUGAAUGAAGCCCUACCUGGAAAUAUACGUAAAGCGGAAAAUUUUAUUCGAUUCCUUAAAUAUCUUCUUGAAUAUAUGAAAUUACGUCUGAGAAUUCAACAUGUAGUAAAAGAAAGUCCAGCCGCAUUCUUGAAAGAUAUUCAUAACAAAAUGACCAUUGAUCGAAAACCUUUGAGAUUUUGUUCCGAACGCAUCCAAUCGUUAAUUCGAACUCUUGAAGUGAAUAAUAUUACCGAUUUUACUCCUUUAACUUUAUUAUGUAAUUUCGCUACUUUAGUUAGCACAUAUUUAAGGGGAUUCACCAUCAUCAUUGAACCGUUCGAAGAUCGUACACCUAACGUGCCGAACCCUAUUCUUCAUUUCAGCUGUUUGGAUGCCUCAUUAGCAAUUAAGCCAGUUUUUGAAAGAUUUCAAUCUGUAAUAAUUACAUCGGGAACUUUGUCACCUAUUGAAAUGUAUCCUAAAAUGCUAGAUUUCAAUCCUAUUGUAGCUGCAACUUUCACCAUGAGCUUACAUCGACAAUGUAUUUGUCCUUUGAUUGUGACUAAAGGAAAUGAUCAAGUUCCUAUGACAUCCAAAUUUGAAACCCGUAAUGAUAUGUCAGUAAUACGUAAUUACGGCAUUCUUUUGGUCGAAAUGUCUGCCAUUGUUCCGGAUGGAAUCGUUUGUUUUUUUACAAGCUAUAUUUAUAUGGAACAGAUAAUUGCAUCUUGGUAUGAACAAGGUAUCAUUGAUUCUAUUCAAAAGAACAAGCUGCUUUUCAUUGAAACUCAAGAUGCUUCAGAAACAUCUUUGGCGCUCAACAAUUAUGUUCGUGCCUGUGAAAAUGGUAGAGGUGCGGUGCUUCUUUCUGUUGCUCGUGGUAAAAUUUCCGAAGGAAUCGAUUUUGACCAUCACAAAGGAAGAUGUGUGAUUAUGUUUGGCAUUCCAUUUGUCUACACUCAAUCGAGAAUCUUAAAAGCUCGACUUGAAUAUUUAUGUGAUAAUUAUCAGAUAAAAGAAAGCGAUUUCUUAACAUUCGAUGCUAUGCGACAUGCUGCUCAAUGUGUUGGUCGAGCAGUUCGAGGCAAGACUGAUUAUGGUAUUAUGUGUUUUGCCGAUAAGAGAUUUGCCAGAGAAGAUAAGCUAAAAAAAUUACCGAAAUGGAUUCAAUCAAAUAUGAGCAAAGGAGUAUUAAAUUUGAGUAUCGAAGAAUCUACACAGAUAACCAGAAAAUUUCUCAAACAAAUGGCACAACCAUUUUCAAAAGAGGAUCAACUUGGUGUUUCGUUAUUAACAUACGAACAAAUCAAAGAUGAAAAUAAUCAAAAGAAAAUUCUAUCUCGUGUUGAAAUUAAUGUGGAUAUAUGAAUUUUUUCAUUGAAUAAAUUCAAAGAUAAUAAUAGUCAUUGA